GAGCGCUUAUAGAGCUUGGCUUUAAAAUCUUCGUCCCUUUUCAGUCCCCUUCCCUCAUCCAUCGCUGGUCGAUACUUGCUCUUUGCUGGUGAAAAAAAAUAUCUUCGCUGCCUCUCGCCCUCUACCUUUUCACUACACCGAAACUUAAUAUUUGUCGACAUGUACUUUCUUGUGAGGACCCUCCAAAUCAAACUCCCAUUGAUACCUCUCCUCGGUAUAUUUCUCUUUGUCGCAUCAGCAGUGGCCAUACCUCUUUCUUCCCCCAAUUCCGGAAUGUUUGCACCUUGCGAUGUUAGUGGACUAGCCGCAUCCGACCCCUCAUCUUCAGUAACGACUGACUGUGAGCGCUACAAAGCCACUGUGCAUCCCACUGCUCGCCUUCUUUCUCGAAAAGCCGAGUUCUUGGUGACUCGUGCUUCUAGUAAGAAAGUCAAGGUGUCGUUCUCGUCAAAAGCGUUUCAGGCGUCACCAUGGAGAAGCAGCUAUCGAUCGUAUGUCAGUCAACGUAUCCAAGACAUGAUGGAGAAGGAAUAUGGCAAAGACGUCGCAAUAGAGAUCGAUAAAAGUAAUCAUCCUGGAUACCCUACGUGCAGAUUCGAUAUUACAGUCACAGACGGCUUAUUCCGGAAGACGAAGUUGACGGGAAAAUUGACCGUGGACGUACAAAAUAGUGAUACAAAGCAUGCAAAGGUGAAGGGUGGGUUGAAAAAAGAUGAUAAACCAUUCGGCAAGAAAUAUGAGUAUACACUAGAUCCAUCGUGGAAUCCACCCCAACCUGAAGUACAAACCGAAGUACAACCCGUAGCCCUAAAGCCCAAAUCUCGCAUCUCAAGAAAACAAAAAAAAAACCAAAAACUUGUCAAACCUAAAGGACCCAUGGAAGCCAUAAACGAGGAGGAUGAAGGAUGAUAUGGUAGAUACGUAUAUCAGAUCAGUAUGAACUUUACCUUCAAAUUUGAUGCAUCGUCACCGGAAAGGGACGACUACGAUUACAAGUAGCGCCUAUACACCUAACU